AUGACUACCUUUAACAAAAUCGUUGGACUUGCUCUGUUCUUGGCUAUCUGUCUUAUCACAUCUUCUGACGCAAUGCCAAUGCCAAUGCCCAUGCCCUGGUAUGGAUAUUAUUAUCCUUCUAACUACGUUGAUCAAUACAAUAGUCAAUAUGCCAGUGCUGAUGGCGGUGAUGGUGUGGGUGUCGGUGGAGGUGGUAUCACCAAUGGUAAUGGUGCUGUUGUUGGUAGUGUUGGUGUAGGUGGAGCUGGUGUAGGUGUUGGUGGAAAGGGUGGUAAAGUUUAUCAAAGUGCAGAUAAUUAUAAUUGGGGAUAUUAA